GUGGCACUCGUGCUCCCUAACCUCAAAGGAAAACUCAACGGGAUCGCUCUUCGUGUACCAACACCAAACGUAUCAGUGGUUGAUCUCGUUGUGCAGGUCUCAAAGAAGACUUUUGCUGAGGAAGUUAACGCUGCUUUCAGAGACUCCGCUGAGAAAGAGCUUAAAGGUAUACUCGAAGUCUGCGAUGAGCCACUUGUGUCCGUUGACUUCAGAUGCUCUGAUUAUUCUACAACCAUUGAUUCAUCUCUCACUAUGGUUAUGGGAGAUGACAUGGUUAAGGUGAUUGCUUGGUAUGAUAAUGAAUGGGGUUACUCACAGAGGGUUGUUGACUUGGCUGACAUUGUUGCCAACAACUGGAAGUGAUUUUAGUAACCAUUUGAUUGAAAUCGACUCUUGUUUCGUCAUGUUUUCCCAUUUUUUCUCUUCUCUUAUAUACAUUAUGAUUCUCAAAAUUUCGGGCAAGACUGUAUAAUUAUAGCCAUGAGUUAUGGAUUUGUAAUAAUGAUAAACUCGAAAAAAAAAAAAAGAUGUAAUAGAUAUAUUACCUGAAGCAUUUUGGAAACAUUCCCAGCACCA